AAUCCAUCUGAAGUUUUUAAACCGAUAAAAUGAAUAACGUCGCUGUACCGAUUUUCCUGUCCUUCCUCAUUUUCUCUGCGCAUGGCUGCUGCCACCGAAAAUCGGAUUGGAACGAGUACCCCCAUCCCGAAUUAAAAUUCCCAGGAGUUGAAGACUACGCUGUGGGCCAAGGCUCAUCAGCCGCAUUGUCCCAGUUGGAUUUAGUAAUUGGAGCUACGACUGGUGUCAUUCCUGGUGGUGGGCAAUUCAUCGGUCCUAUUUUAACGGUUUGCACCUUUCUACGAGAUCUCAUAUCGGGGGCGGAGGACGGACUAUCUAAAUUUAUCGAGAGGCAUCUUGCAGUUGCAACAAUUGCAAAUGUUAAAUCCAAAGUGUAUACUAUUGAGAACAGAUUGAGGGACGUGCAGAGUAAUAUGGAACAGCGUUCCAGUUACAACAUUCCGCUUUCAAUUGCGAUGGAUAAGUGUGAAGAAAUUCUGGACAAAUACGCAACCGAAUGGGGUCCUCUAUUUAAGGGUGGAAGCACCUUGGUCUCAUCUCCCUCACUGAUUUCCUUCGCCUCCAUACACUCAGCAGUUGCAGCACUCGGAUGGAACCAGUGGCCUGAAAAGAGAUCACAAAUAUUGGGACAAAUGGAUCGUUUGCAAUCCACGCUAGAAAAGUAUCGAGAUGCUGCGAUUGACAAAAGGUUAUCGUACGCACGGACGGGUGCACUUUUUAGGUCCACUUGUGAUCAGGACUGUUAUGACAGAUUUUCCCAAGUUAUGCCCUGUGCUUCUUGUGAUCGCGUGGGGUGCGAUGCAGCCACAGUUUUCAAUUCUGCGUAUGAGCUCUCGCUAUUUGAAAGGUACAGAAGAGAGCUGGAGGACCAAUACCGUGAUUAUUUUAACAGGCCAAUUAACAAGUUGGCAGAGUUUAGAUCUCGACUGCGGAAUCAAAUGGGAUAAGAACUUUGGGAAGGGCUGAUAAGUAGUCGAAGGGUAAAAAUUUAUCAAAGCUGAUGCAUGGUCAUAUAAUUGCGUACAAAAAUUAACAAAUUUGUUUUAUUAAAUCACACAUUGAAUUAAAUAAUACUUACGUUUAA